AUGGCUCACCGGGUUGAGACCUCUUGACUAGUUCUUGUCAACUACUUUAAUUCUGGUAAAUUAGUUUAUAUAAAUAAAUUAAUAAUAGCUUACUAUUGUAUUAUAACUAUUAUUUAUUAGAAAUAACUGCGUUGUCCGAUGAGACUUUCAACUAAUAAGUUAAUUAAUGAGAUACUUGUCCAACUGUGAUUUUUUUAGAUUUGCGCCCAUCUGGGAAGCAAGCGGAGUUCAUGCUUGCCUUCGUGACUCAUGCAUUAAGGGCGUAGGUGCUUGAGGAGAAUUCCCGAUACAAUACAUCGCUUUAUGACAAGGCGUGGCAAGUCCCUAAUAAGUCAAGUGCCAGGCCUGUCUGGAGGAGGAGGGCUAUUGGUCAGGAGGAAGGGGUCAGUAGUCCGCUGACCCUGUAUCCGGUACACCGGCAGAGCUGUUUACACAACCACCCAGAUCACACGUCUGCCAACGAGAACCAACUUUGUGUUUUUUUUUUGUUCUUUUUUACGUUUAGCAAAGUUGGAUCAACGUAGUAACUGUCAAAACUAGCUGAAGUCUUCAGAGAACGUCAUCAAGGACUCAUAAGCCCAUCGUACGAGAAAGCUAAGUAUCUGAUAGUUGGAGGAGAAAGGGGGUUUGGUAGGAGAGGGGGGAAGGAGGAGGUAAGCCUCCAUUUCCAAGUAAUUUUAUUAAAUUAUGUUGUUUUUUUAUUGUGUCGUGCACUUUGACAAGGGAAAAGGUGGAAGGGGAAAUAUUGACAUACGACGUUUUGGAGAAUACGUCUACGUCUUCCUCCAUUGGCACUAAUCCCCAUCUCCCUGCCAGCGUGUCUUAGUGUUUAUGUUUGGGUCUGGCCGUCACCACCUCAACAAGAAAGCUUUCACCUCUGUCCUGGAUUUUGGGCUUCACUUAAAGUUUAUUUCUUCGGUUACGACUACCUCUCUCUCUCUCUCUCUCUCUCUUUAUUUAAACAGUUGAUUACAUGGGAUCACUGACAAGGUUCUAGCCUAGUCGCAUACAUAGUUAAAGUCAGUGGAUGAAUUAAAACCACUAAAAUAUAAUGAUCUAGACGUAGUAAAUAAUAUUGUAGACAAAUUACUUAGUAAUACACAAAAAACUGUAAACCUCAAUUGACGUGCUGUGGACAAACGCCGUCAGCAUUUCUUAAAUGCAUUUUAAUGUAACUGUUCACACGACCCGUCAUGCUGACGGCGGCAGGCGGCCGACAGCCGACCGACACGUCUCGGAUUUCUUCUCGAGAAAUCCUGGCCGGUUUGACGGCGGCUUGGCGCCAGCCUGACGGGUUGGAGACGGCUCGUGUGAACGAGGACCCAUACGAAUUUAGUUCAGUGUUUGGCAUCAUGGACGAAAGGCUGAUAGAAGUUGUGCGAGGGUAUGAAGAGUUAUUUGACAUGACUAACAAGAAGUACAGUGAUAAUCUGCAUAAAGAUAAGAUAUGGAAAGUGAUUGGCGAGGCAAUAAACAAACCAGGUGAGUUUGAAAUAAGUUUAUUACACUUGAAAUGUUUUGUCUUGCCUUAUUACAUCAUAUAUAUAUCGCUCCCAAGGACUACUGAAAAAUGCUUUGAAUUUUUCCCUUACAUUAAAUGCAGUCUGAUGAGCAUUUCCGCCUUGUCUCGGUAUAUUUAUCAGGAUAUUUUGAGAGUGUACUGCAAUGAUACCGUAUGCUUUCUCAUUCUAGGACAUGAAUGCAAGCUACGAUGGGGUAAUCUUCGAGACCAGUACCGUAGGUAUUUAAGAAAAAUAAAUACCAAGAGUGGCCAGGAAGCGGUAAAUGUAACAAAAUGGAGAUAUGCAGAUGAAAUGUCAUUCAUUAAACCUUUCCUUCGUGAUAGAGAAACGAUGACUAGUCUUGAAGAAGAAACGGUGAAUACUGUAGUCACAGAAGAGACGGAGAGUGGGAUUCCAUGCUCAAAAAAUAAGAGAGGUAGAGAAGCAGGACAGACACUGAGUGAUGAGGAAGCUUCAUCAAUACAAUCAGAGGCUGCCACAAGGAGAAGGAGUCGACCUCCAGCUAAGAAAUUUGUCCACAUACCUGAGACACCUUCGUUUGUUUUAAUGAAACAUCUAAUUGAGAGUGAAAGUCAGAAGGGAGGAAACCCUCCCGAUGCCGUUGAUUUGUUUUUCCAGAGCAUUUCAGCUACAGUAAAGAAGUUUUCUCCCUAUCAUCAAAACAUAUGUAAAACUAAAGUUCUUGCUCUGGUAUCUGAGUUAGAGUUGAUAGAACUAGCAGAUCAGUCAUCACAGUCUAGUGCUACAUCAUCAGCGUUUGCUUCGGGAACUAACCUUUCACAAACAUCAUCAUUUUCACCAACUCCAUCAUCAUAAUCUAACUCGCCUGCAGCAAGCACAGAAGAUUUCAUUAAUUUGUAAUGGAAUAUAAAAGGCACAUCACUCGCCUUCUCAUUCUCUCACACACUAUAUACAUACGGUAUAUAUUUAAUCAAAUCUCAGAUGAUCAGAUGGAACAAUUCUUUGUUUUGUUAAGUAACAGCAAUAUGUGUUUCUUUUUUGGGAGAUAAGAACAGGAAGUAACAAAAUUUUCGAAGUAAAUUAUAAAUUGUUUACUGUAAGGUUUAUAAUACAUAGUUUGUAUUUCGAAAAAUCUUUUAUAUAAAUAAUAUUCAUGCAUUAUUUAAA